GGGCAGGCAGGAGCCGGGUCCCCUUGGGGGAGGGGCCCCCUGAGGGGGGCGACGGUUGUGUCGGUUUGUGACGUUCCAGGGCCCCCCGUGACCCGCGCGGGGGAGGGGGCGGGGCGUUCCCCCUUCCCCUCCCCCCCGUCUCUGGGGUCCCUGGGCACUGCUUGGAGGAGCCCCUGCUGGUCCCAGUUCCUGGCCUCAAGGCAUCGCCUGGUGUUUGCAGCGCCUGUGUCUGCCUCUGGUUGAAGUCCUAGGUGCAGGGAAACCCACCUGCUCCUCAGGGGCUCCUCAGGGGCCCAGGAGGUGGCAGGGGGGGUGACAUGUAGGCAUCUCUUUUUAUUUAUUUUUUUUCAAGAGGCAUCAAAGCUGGUGUAAGAGGUGAUAUCUUUUAUUAGACCAAUGAGAUCUUUGCAAACAAGUUAUUUUAUUUUUUUGCAAGCUUUUGGGUGCACACCCCCUUCUUCAGGAAGAGAGCAGAGAUUGUCAGAGUUAGGUGGAAAUGAAAAUUCCUGUUACACAGGAGAGCUUGAAGGUGUGGUGAAGUCUCCAGUUUGGUGUAGUUCAUUUUGUCCAGGUUAGAACUUGCCCCCCUGCCUGCGCUAAGCCGUCAUGGUGCCCCCCGCCCCACAUUACACCUCUAGAAAAGGCACAGAGACAGGUGAGCGUCAGCCAGGUAUAGACGGGAUGGAAUAAGUUCAUUGGCCGGGCUUUGUCUCUGUCUUGCAGGAGUUGAGGGUUUCCUUUUGAUACAGCAAAGCCCAGUGCAGGUGAGGUGGGGUUGGUGGGUUUGCACAUGCGAAGAGCUGAUUUUUUUUUUUUUUUGUCCUUGUGCCGAGUCACCUGUUGUUCACUGGGAUCUUGCGUGAGCCAUGCAGGAUUUGAGUUGGGAGCUCAGAUAUUUCCAUUUCCCUGAGGGGGUCUUGACACAAGUCAUAAGCUUAAAUCGUCUCAGAAGGACAAGGUCCGCCAGUUUAUGGCAUUUACCCAGGCUGGUGAAAGGACUGCUAUAUACUGCUUAAUGCAGAAUGAGUGGAAACUAGAAGUGGCAACAGACAACUACUUCCAGAACCCAGACUUGUACUACAAAGAAUCCAUGAAAAAUUCAGUAGACAGAAAGAAAUUAGAACAAUUAUAUAACAGAUACAAAGACCCACAGGAUGAAAAUAAAAUUGGCAUUGAUGGGAUUCAACAGUUCUGUGAUGAUUUAAGCCUGGACCCUGCCAGUAUCAGCGUUUUGGUUGUAGCCUGGAAGUUCAGGGCAGCUACUCAAUGUGAAUUCAGCAAAAAGGAAUUUGUAGAUGGCAUGACAGAAUUGGGGUGUGACACCACAGAAAAACUAAAAGCUCUAUUGCCAAGACUGGAACAAGAGCUAAAGGAUCCAAUAAAGUUCAAAGAUUUUUAUCAGUUUACUUUUAACUUUGCUAAAAACCCUGGACAAAAAGGUUUAGAUCUAGAAAUGGCAAUAGCAUAUUGGAAUUUAGUCUUAUCAGGAAGGUUUAAAUUUUUAGAUCUUUGGAAUAAAUUUUUGUUGGAACAUCAUAAAAGAUCAAUCCCAAAAGAUACAUGGAAUCUUCUGUUAGACUUUGGAAAUAUGAUUGCAGAUGAUAUGUCUAACUAUGAUGAAGAAGGAGCAUGGCCUGUUCUCAUAGACGAUUUUGUGGAGUAUGCACGACCAGUAGUCACAGGAGGAAAGCGUAAAACAUCCUAACCACAGACUCUUCAUAAUAGACUAAGUUUGCAGUCUGAACUGCAUCAGGUAACGAAGACAUUUUGGCCAAUAACCGCGCACACUGUUGCUGGUUUCAGUGGUCACGGUGAGACGCCAGUGACAAAACUGAGAUUGCUCCUUUCUGCCUAAAGGAAAUGAUGGCUGACUUAUGGACACUGCAAGAACAAACUCAGAAGAUAGUCCAGGCUGCUCGUAGGAUAUUGGCUUCAAUUAUUGUACUGGGUGUAUCAUAUAGGAUGUAGAUUUUUGCAUGAUUUUAUACUUUGGAGAAGUUUAACUAGAGGCCAUUUUAUUGAAGUUCUGACAGCACAGCAUGCCAUUCAGUUCAUGAUCCAAGGUGAACACCAGCAGUUACAUAAUUAAAACUGUAUUAUAUUGUACUUAUAUUAAAAGCAGUAUUUGUGGUAUAUAAAUUAAAUCCCUAAAUAAAACUUACGUAGUAUGUUGUAUUUUUA